GUCUUUUUGACCUUCAGCUAUAUUGAUCCCACUUAAACUUCUUCAUCCCCUUCAAAACUCUAUAAUUUGAUGGGCGUUAUUCAAAAACAUGAUCCAGCUCCUUAUAGAGACCAUGUAGAUUCUUUCACCACCGCAGCAACGUCCAUCAGCAACUCCUCUCACAACGCCUACCAUGACGAAACCGACAAUGAGAAUGACAAUGCAAAUGAGGACAGCAGUGUCUGCACUGCAAUCAACGACAGUAACAGCAAUCAAUCUCAUCUUCGUCUUUUAGACCCCGCGCCGGUUGAAGACGAACAAUGGGUACGCGACAGCGACACAGGCAACACCAGCGACGAGGAUGACCCGGUGCAUACGGCGCCGAGUGAAAAGCCCGUGACUUGGUCCUCACUCCCUAGGAAAGGGCAGCUUGCUAUUCUGACCAUUGCGCGUCUUUCUGAACCUCUCACUCAGACGUCCCUGCAAGCUUACCUGUUUUAUCAGCUCCGUUCCUUCGACCCGUCGCUCCCGGACUCAACCAUCUCCAAGCAGGCGGGUAUUCUGCAGGGCAGUUUCACGGCGGCGCAGUUUCUCACGGCGGUCGUAUGGGGUCGCCUUGCUGAUAGCGAGUGGAUAGGAAGGAAGCGCGUGCUGCUCAUUGGGUUGUUGGGCACUUGCAUCUCUUGUUUGGGGUUUGGGUUCUCGCGGUCGUUUGCGGCUGCGGCGGUGUUUCGUACUCUGGGAGGUGCGCUGAAUAGUAAUGCGGGUGUUAUGAGGACGAUGAUCUCGGAGAGUAUUGAAGAGAAGAAGUAUCAGUCGCGAGCGUUCAUUCUCUUGCCGAUGUGCUUCAACAUCGGUGUUAUUAUCGGCCCAAUACUUGGUGGUUUGUUGGCGGAUCCGCGCAGAAACUAUCCGCAGCUGUUUGGACCAGGUUCCUUCUUUGGUGGUGAGAAGGGUGUGUGGUGGAUGGAACACUGGCCAUUCCUGCUUCCAAACUUGGUCAGCGCUAUCUUUAUUUUCAUUUCGUGGAUAUCUGUGUUCUUUGGUCUUGAUGAGACGCACGAAGUCGCCCGGUACAGAAGCGACUGGGGUCGCAAAAUCGGCCGUCGACUGGUGAGGGUGUUCCGCCGCCGGCGAUACCACCAAUACCGUUCCCUCUUAGACUACCCGGAGGACACCUCGCUCCUCGUGGACGAAAGUAUCGCAAGCAGAUCCCUUCCACCGAGCCCCGUCCGCUUGAGAGUUCAACGGCGUCACAAACGCCCCAACUUCCGUCAGCUCUUCACGCGCAACGUCCUGUUGACGCUCCUCGUCCAGUUCCUCCUCGCCUUCCACACGAGCGCCUUCAACUCAAUGACCUUCACCUUCCUCCCAAGCCCGCGCGCCCCAAAUUCCAGCCACAAGGAUUUCUUCCGCUUCGGUGGCGGCCUCGGCCUUCCUUCCUCACGGGUUGGUCUUGCAACAGCAAUCAUUGGCAUCAUCGGUCUCCCGCUCCAGAUCUUUAUUUACCCGCGCAUCCAGUCGAGGCUGGGUACACUGACCUCUUUCCGCACAUUCCUCCCAUUCUCACCACUUUCAUAUGCGCUCAUGCCCUUCCUUGUCUUGGUCCCAAGCUACCCCUACCUCGUUUGGCCGGCAUUCACGCUUGUCGUGGCUCUACAAGUAGUGUCAAGGACUUUUGCGCUUCCCGCGGCUGUUAUCCUAGUCAAUAACAGUGUGACGGACGCGUCUAUCCUGGGAACCGUUAAUGGAGUCGCAACGAGUAUAUCUAGUGCAGCAAGGACGCUGGGUCCGCUACUUGGGGGGUGGGGACUGGGCUUAGGUCUGAAGUAUGACCUUGUCGGUGGGGUUUGGUGGGCGUUGGCGGUUGAAGCGCUGCUCGGUUGGGUCUUACUUGGGUCAAUCUAUGAAGGUAAGGGGAUCGACAGGACGAAGGAUCUUAUUAUUGAGAGGGAGGAAGGUGAGCAAGGGCAGGAAAGGAGGUGA